AUGGAGACCAAGAGUUCUCCCCAGAUGAAGACGCCCAGCAGUCGAGAUUCCACCGCAAAAACAAUCAAUCCGGCAUCUGCAAUUUCCUCCGAGAGUGCCAAGAGCAGCAGCUACCUGGUCCAAGGUCAAUUUGAGCAGCUCAGUUCCCCAACAGGCGGAGCGUCUAUCCAGUGGCCAAAGUUGAAGAAGAUUCACAAAGAGACAAACCAUGAAGUGCAAAAAGAGCCACUUCCGUGGCUGAAGAGACCGUUGCGUCGUGUGCAUAAAGAGGAGAACAUAUCGCAGCAAGCUCAGGAACAAAAGGCUGCUGAUGUUGAGUCAUGGAGAUCUCAGCUUCGAAAAGUUGCAGCCGCAGAAGCCGAGUCUGCUGAGGGACACGGCACACAUCACGCCGAUCGCAAGCGGGCAGACAGUUGCGUCUCGUGUGGCCACGACACACCAUCACCGCGUGUUCCCGCCGACGGGCGAAACAGUACAUCAAAUGCUGUCAAAGCCUCUCUAGAGGAAAUUGGCAGGACGGAGCAAGUCGCUCAGGAGGAUCAGGCUUACGCAAUGAGACAUAAGCGCCUCGAAGAGAUGAAGAAAUCGAUCUCUCAGAGAUCGAGCUCAAGGAUAUCGACAACGACGAAGACUGAAUCAAAGACUGUGAGCCAAGUCACACGAAAUUUGGAGGCUACUCACUCUACUUCGGAAACGUUCGAAGUCGAAGACGCCAGCGCCAACGGCAGCGUGGAGCUGGUGGAGCGAUUGUCUCGAUCUCUUGAUGACGAAGUCGAGGUAUUCAGUCCGCUACCAAUCAUGCCACCGAACCAUACAUGCUCUUGGAAGGAGAGAUAUCUGAAUUUGACAGCGGAGGUGCGGGAGUUGAAGGCGGAAAUCGUUUCUCGAGAACGACGCGACACGCCUGGGCACGCGGACGUGGGUGUCAACGUCAGCCAGGAUGAUGAUUACGAAUUGGGAGUCGAAGGGCUCACCAUUGUCAUGCAUCUCAGAGGCAAAGACGAUUUGAUCAUCAACACUGACUUGACGCAUGCCUCUUCCGGACUUUGA